AUGGAGCCCCGCAUCGCGGUCCCCAUCGACCAGAACUGGCAGUUCAAGCAAGCCGACAAAGAGGACAGCACAUAUCUGUCCGUCGGCCAGUUCCCAACCAACGUGCACCUGGACCUGCUGGCGCACAAGUUGAUCCCAGACCCCUACAUCGGCAAGAACGAGCUCGACGUGCAAUGGAUCGGCGAGGCCGUCUGGGUCUACCGGACCAGCUUCGCGUCCCCUGCCACGUCGAGCAACAAGACUGGGGCCGCCGUGAAGGCGGUCCUUGCCUUCGACGGCUUGGAUACCUUCGCCACUGUCGUGCUGAACGGCAAGACCAUCCUCGAGACGGAGAACAUGUUCAUCCCCGAGCGCGUGGACGUCACGGAUGUCCUGAAGAAGGACGGCGAUAACAAGCUCGUCAUCACGUUCGAUAGUGCGUACUUGCGCGGGUGGAAGCUGGUCGAGAAGUACCCUGAUCACAAGUGGGGGUGCUGGAAUGGCGACAAUUCGAGGCUGGCGGUUCGCAAGUCACAGUACCACUGGGGCUGGGAUUGGGGCCCAACACUCCUCACCUGCGGUCCUUGGAGACCGAUCAACCUUGAGAUCUACGAGUCUCGCAUCACUGACCUCUGGUGUGACGUUGAUGUCGACAAGUCUCUAAAGACCGCCACUGUCGUCGUUCAUGCUCCCAUUGAAGGCAAGGCGUCGAAGCUACGCCUAGACAUUUCGCUGGACGGCACCGCAGUGGCAAGUCAGACCAUCGACGCCGGCUCCAGUGCCUCGUUCAGAAUUUCCGACCCUGAACUUUGGUACCCUGUCCGGUAUGGUAAACAGCCAUUGUACACGGUAAAGGCAAUGAUAGAAGAGGAUGGCAAAGACAUUGACAGCCUAUCCAAGAAGAUCGGCCUUCGAAGAGCCGAGUUGGUUCAGAGGCCCCUGAAGGAGCAGCCCGGCACCUCGUUCUUCUUUGAGGUCAACGGCAUUCCCAUCUUCUGCGGCGGGAGCGACUGGAUCCCCGCAGACAACUUCAUCCCCCGCAUCAGCAAGGAGAGAUACUACGAUUGGGUGAAGAUGGUAGCCGACGGGAACCAAUUCAUGAUACGGGUGUGGGGCGGUGGCAUCUACGAGGAACAAGCCUUCUACGAUGCCUGCGACGAGCUGGGCGUCCUCGUGUGGCAGGAUUUCAUGUUCGGCUGCGGCAACUACCCGGCGUGGCCAGAGCUACUCGCUUCCAUCAAGACGGAGGCCGAGGAGAACGUCAAGCUGCUGCGCCACCACCCCAGCAUCGUCAUCUGGGCCGGCAACAACGAGGACUACCAGUACGCCGAGAGCGUCAACCUGACCUGGGACCAGAACAACACGGAUGCCGAGUCCUGGCUCAAGACCGAUUUCCCCGCGCGCUACAUCUACGAGAAGAUACUGGCGGACGCGUGUCGCGACCUGUGUCCUGCCGUGCCCUACCACCCGGGCAGCCCCUGGGGCGGCGUCGACACGCGCGACCCGACGGUCGGCGACAUCCACCAGUGGAACGUGUGGCACGGCACGCAGGAGAAGUACCAGAACUUCGACAAGCUGGGCGGGCGGUUCGUGUCCGAGUUUGGGAUGGAGGCCUUCCCAUCAGUAAAAACCAUCGACGCGUUCCUGCCUUUGGGGAAGGACGACCCGGACCGGUACCCGCAGUCCAGCACCAUCGACUUCCACAACAAGGCCGACGGCCACGAGCGCCGCAUCGCGCUGUACCUGGUCGAGAACAUGCGGUACGCGCCCGACCCGCUGGAGCAGUUCGUGCACGCGACGCAGCUGAUGCAGGCCGAGUGCCUGGCGAGCGCGUACCGCUUGUGGAAGCGGCAGUGGCGCGGGCCGGGGCGCGAGUACUGCGCUGGUGCCCUGGUGUGGCAGAUCAAUGAUUGUUGGCCUGUGACUUCGUGGGCGAUUUGCGAUUAUUAUCUCAGGCCGAAGCAUGCGUAUUUCGCGGUCAAGCGCGAGAUGGCGCCGCUGAGCGUGGGCAUGACGCGUCGCGAGCACCGCACGCCGAGGGAUAAGUAUACGCGCGUGCACGUCGACACGCGCACGGAGGUCGAGAUCUGGGGCUCUAAUUUGGGGCUGGAGGAUUUGAAAGGUCUGGAUUGUGUUGUUAAGGGCUGGGAUGUGGAGACCGGGGAGGAGAUUUAUGAGAAGGUUGUUAAGAAGGGGUUGUUGUUGGAGAAGAAUCGGUCUACGGAGAUUGUGGCGUUGGAUGUCCCGGCGAGGGAGAAGGGCGGGGAGGGGAGGACUGUUGUUGCGGCGUACUUGUUGAGCUCGGCUGAAGAUGGUGCGGAGACGGGAGAGACGGGAGAGAAGGGGGACAAGGGGGACAAGGGGGACAAGGGGGACAAGGGGGACAAGGGGGAGAAAGGAGGGAAGAAGCAGCUGGCGCGCUACGUCAACUGGCCCGAGCCGCUCAAGUACCUGCACCUGGCCACGCCGAAGCAGCUCAAGGCGGAGCUGAGCGCGGAUGGUACCUACCUAUACGUCAGCGCUGAGGUGCCGGUCAAGGGCGUGGCGGUCGAGUGCGAGAACGACGCGGUUAGGUUUGAGGAUAACCUUGUGGAUAUUGUCCCCGGCGAGGUUGUGAGGAUUGGG